AUGAGCGCCACUCCAGAAGACAUGAUCCCCGCGCCAGGAGAGUGGCCCGUGGACCCCCAAGAAGAUGUACCCAUUUCGGACAAUCGCAUUUGGGUAGACGGAUGCUUUGACUUUAGCCAUCAUGGCCAUGCGGGCGCUAUGCUCCAGGCUCGCCAAUUAGGAGACGAGCUUUAUGUCGGUGUUCACUCUGACGAAGCAAUCCUCGAGAAUAAGGGGCCGACAGUUAUGACACUGGAUGAACGAGUAGCUGCAGUGGAAGCAUGUCGCUGGGUGACUCGCUGCGUUCCCUCUGCUCCUUACGUGACAUUUUUACCUUGGGUUUCGCACUACGGCUGCAAGUAUGUCGUCCAUGGCGAUGAUAUCACUUCCGACAGCAAUGGGGAGGACUGCUACCGGUUUGUUAAAGCUGCAGGGCGCUUUCGUGUGGUCAAGAGAACGCCGGGAAUAUCCACGACAGACCUUGUUGGGCGAAUGCUUCUGUGUACGAAAAAUCAUUUCGUCAAGAGCGUAAAAGAUACCCUCAACGGGGAAGAAGGAUCUGGAAGUCUGGAAGAGCGCAAGCAUUCGGCCAAUAGUCUCAUGCAAAGGAUUCGUGAUUAUGCCACUGACGAGACUGGUCUGCAGCCUGGCCCGCAGGUUUGGAUCUGGAACGGAUCGAGUUCUGCGAAACUUGGGAACACAGUCGAGGAACCUGGCGCAUUCGAGACCAUUGUAAACGGAAAAUCGCCAAGGCCAGGACAGCGAAUCAUCUAUGUUGAUGGAGGAUUUGACUUGUUCUCAUCCGGGCACAUCGAAUUCCUUCGACAGGUCUUAACGCAGGAGGAAUUGGAAGGCCACCGGCGUGGUUGGUAUGACGAAGAGCAAAAAGUCAAGAGAGUCAAAGAAUAUGGAGAGGACUAUGGCCCUGCCUAUGUUGUUGCUGGCAUACAUGACGACGAUGUUAUAAACCACUGGAAAGGCCUCAACUACCCCAUCAUGAACAUCUUUGAACGCGGGCUAUGCGUUCUGCAGUGUCGCUAUAUACAUGCCGUGAUCUUUUCCUCGCCAUUUUCCCCAAGUCAGUCAUACCUGGAAGCCAUGCCAUUAGGCGUUCCAGAUGCAGUUUACCACGGUCCUACUACGUUCAUACCCCUCACCUAUGAUCCUUAUGUGGCACCCAAGCGGAUGGGCAUUUUCAAAGAGACAUCUAGCCAUACGUACCAGCAUGUGAAUGCCGGUGAGAUCGUUGACAGGAUAUUGAAAAGCAGGGAAGCCUAUGAAGAAAGACAGCGCGCCAAACUCGAAAAGGGUGUUGUUGAGGAGUUGGCCAAGUCCAAAGAGUCGGCAUCUGCCUAG